AUGGACUCUUUGGCGUCUCUUCCAGCCCAUGCAGGCAAUGUCACAAUAGUGCAGCAAAUAUCAAGGCACGCAGAGGCCGAGACAGGAGGUGUCCCAGCUAACGCUCCGUCGAGCCAAGUCGACAAGGAAGAUCCCACAACAGAAGAGGUGAUAAACUUGAGCGUAUUCGAUCUUAUACCCCCGAGGACGUUUAUCAAGUUCAUUCUAUACAUCCCUCUCAAGAACGGCACAUCUUACAAAACCGCCUUUGCUCAUUUGCACGAAGGCCUUUCUCGAACCUUGGAUCGCAUCCCCUUUCUAGACGGCAAGGUGUUUGAGCGCCCUCAAAGCGAGCCGGGCUAUGUUAAGGGCCAUUUGCAGAUCCGCUACGAUAAAACCAGGAAGCCGGGAUCCAGCCCGCGGCAGCUGACCUUCAGGGACCUGGCGGCCAAGCUCCCCAGUUUUGAAGAGCUGCGCGACUCUGGCUUCGAAUUUUCAGCUGUCAACGACAACCUGGUCCUCGAGAGUGCUUUCAUCCCCGACAUAACGGCCGGAGCCGAUGUCUUUCGUGCACAGGCAAACUUUGUCCAGGGUGGCUGCCUUCUCGCCACCGGGUUCCACCACUCAUCGAUGGACGCCACCGGCAUGGUGACGGUGUUGAAGGCGUGGUCGGAGCACUGUAGGGCUAUCGGGAAUAGUGAGCCUGUCUGCCCUUGGCUCACACCCGAAUGCAUAGACCGCGGCAUUCUCGAGCGGCUGUGGAAGAAAGGGUGGGAUGCCAAUCGCAGCAUUGCCGACAUCGACCCUGCCACAUGGGGCUACCUGGGCUUUCAGGUCCCAGGAACCGAGGCCAAGACGGAAGAGGAGCUAUGCGACCAAGGGACCACGCCAUCUUAUAUGCAAAACUCAAGUAUGGAAUCGAGUAUUUUCUACAUCUCGACGUCACAAAUGGCAGAACUACUAGGCGAUAUUCAACACCUGCACGAAAGCGCCGAUGAAGACUUACAAGACGACCAACAGCUCUCGGCCAACGACAUCCUGCUGGCGCUCUUCUGGCGAGCCCUACUCCGCGCCCGCUACCGAGCAGCAGCGGCCUCCGGCACCCCGCCUCCGGCAGACGCAGUCGCGCACCUCGAGUCGCCUCUGGACGGCCGCGCGGCCUUCAGCGCGGACCUGCCCGCGGCAUACAUUGGCAACGUCGUGACAGUAAACAAAGUGUCGCUGAAGCUCGAGGAACUGAUACUACCCGGCCCGGAGGCGCUGCGGCGCGUGGCGUGGCUGGUGCGGCGGGGGGCGAGGCGCGCGGGGCCGGGGAUGGUGCGAGACGCGUACGCGCUGAUGCAGUCAACACGGGACUUUUCGGCACUCAGGCACGGCUUCACCCGGCUGGACGGGUGGGACGUCAUGAUCACCUCGGUGCUGCUGCUCCCCAUGCAGGAUAUGGAUUUUGGUGGCGGUAGCAGUGGUGGGUUGUUGGGCCAGACCGAGGCGCUCAGACCGCUCAUGGAUGCUUUCAAUGCCAACUUCAGGCUGUGCAUGAUUCUCCCCCGGAACCUGGGCGGUGGUUUGGAGUUGCUUGUUAGUUUGUUCCCAGAGGAGAUGGCCGAACUGGAGCAGGAUGAAGAGUUUGGGCGGUUUGCGGCGUUGUUGUGUCACUGA